UGGCGCAAUACUGUAUUUAUUUAUUUUAAGAAAACCUGAUGCCCUGAUUGAGAAUUGGGAAUUAGGAUUAAAGCCCUAGUACCGAAGACAGUAAGUUCUUGAGUUCACUGCUCUCAUCGCCGGUCGCUGGUCGCCUGUUGCCGUUAACUCUACUCACGGCUACUACGGUAAGUUCCGCCCUCUCUCUAUUUUUCUUCGAGAGUACUAUUAAUCCUUUUGUUUUAAUAAUCUAUGAUUGCUCUGGUUUGGUUUUUUGUUGAGAGUACAAUUAAGUAAAUAAAGGUGUGUUCUCUCUCUAACAAUUGCUCGACUAUUUGCCCUGGUAGUGUUGUUCCAGAAAUGUCUGCGUAAAUAGCUGUACAGACAAUGGAUCAUGGUCACACACUUCAACAAUUUAAUGUAAUGUUCUAUUGGAUAAUAUGGAGUAUCUAUGAUUAAGUUUUGGUAUAAAUCUAUACUUUGUUUCGUUCAAGUUAUAAAUUUCUCCCGGGAUAACCGGAUAAAUCAGGAUAAAUUUAUACCUUCAACCAAAUUACUAAGUAUUUUCAUCCAGGAUAUCUCAAUUUAUCCCAUUUAACUAGGUGUUAUUUUAUCCCACCUCUCACGUGGGAUAUAUUAGUCUAAGGAAUCCCGGGAUAAUUUAGUUCGCAAACCAAACGACCCUUAGAGAAUUUGAGGAUGUUUAGCUUGUGUUGUUAUUGAGAUUCUACCAAGCAGAUUCGUUGUUCUAAUUGUAUGCAUCUAUCUGGUUGGUUACUUUUUCUUGUUUUCCUUAUUACAACUUAAUAGUUAACAGUUCCAAUUUUUUUUAACUGUUUUCUUUUUUUAUAAUUCAGUCUGAAAAUGAAGUUUAUCAUGAAUGACUUGCGGAGUCAAAUGAAUGCUUAAUGUUUUUACAAUUGCAUUUUGCCUUAUGUAGAAAGAGAUGUGUUUAAUACAAUUUCUGAUGGUGUUAUUAUGAAAAAAUCUCAAGAAAUGAGAACUCAUCCAGUACCAUCGUAAUAGUGUAUUUGAGUUUUGUUUUCAAUAGUAAAAUUAUGUUUAGUGUUCUUCACAAGUUCACUUUGUUUUUUUUUUGAAACCCCUUGCCAGAAAUCAUGUCUCCAUCAUUGUGGCAGGGAUUCAUGGUUAAAAAUGGUAGAUUUGGUUCUGUGAUGGAUAAGGAGUUGCUGACUCUGGUUUUUCUUUGUGCAAUGCUUUGGACUUGGCUACAGUUUGCCAAACUUUUUACUGAAAAUGUCAAACUGGGUUGAACCAUGCUAAUCAGCAAUUUGGGUUAUUCUUUGCCUGUUAAUGAUGCGAGUAUACCUAUUAAAGAAAAGCUGAAAUGGCCAGUUGAUGCUUUGCUUUAUUUUGUUGGGGUAAGCAUGACUGCAUGAGCUUUAUUGGUGAUUUCACCUUUCAAAAUAAACCCCAAAAGACAAAUUUUGAUACAUUGAACAUGCUUGUAACAAAACUAAAAUUAUUUCUCGCUAGAUAUUUUUCCUGAUAAUUUCUCGCUUGCUCACCAUAUAAACCAACUUAAUUGGAAUUUCAAAUAAACGAAAUAUUGAACCCUUUUUGGCUAUUCCCUGGAAAAAAAUAAUUUCCCACCCCUCUUUUGGCUCAUUUCUCUCCCUUUUCACCCUCUCUCUGUCGGAGUUCACCAAGUUCAGUGCGGCCAACCAAAUACCGGCAGAUUAUUGUUGAUUUUAAGCAAAGAUAAUGUUCAUUCAACCUCAGCAUCUUCCCUGGUUUUGUAGUACUCAUUUUGUCCGAGAAAUAAACCCGUAUAGCAGCAAAAUCACCAUUUCUUGAUUCCCCUUCAAAAUUGUCUGAUUAUUGGUGAUCUUUAAACUAAUCUAGGCUCUAGAAUGUUUGUCUAAAUUGUUUUGUUGUAUGAGCUUGAUAUAUAUGGGGUGUGUAUUUCAGAUUUUGAUUGAAACUUUCUGCCAUGUUUUUUGGGGACAAUGUGUGUGAAACAAUACCUCAACUCACUAUUUCGCUUAGGAUAACAAAAUGCAAAACUGAUUUUCCGUCUAGGAGUUCUGCAAGGAUGUGUCUUCUGGAAAUUCAUUUAUAAGCAUCUUGCAGUGUAUAUUUUGCGUAAUUGUUAUUGCGCUUCCCUUUUUUGUUUGCUAAAUAGCUGAUGUAAAUGCAUGCCGCCUGAAAGUUCACCUCUCAUAGCAGUAUUUUAUAUGGAUUAAAGCCAUCCAAAAAGAAGGGUUCUCUAUUUGCUGAUAUUCUUUUGACUUGAAUAAACCAAACAUGAGUGUAAUGUAAUUCCACCAAAAUUUAAAUAAUAAUCUCUGUAUAUUUUUUCAAAGGGUGGGGAGAGUUUCCAAUUCUUAAGCUCUACACAUUUCUAUUCAUAUUGAUGGGCCAAAUUUUCUGUUGGAUUCAAGGAAUCCCAAAGUUCACUAUCCUUAAGAUUUUCUGCUGAUGGACACAAAUAGAGCACACGACCAAGGAAAAAAGGCAAUGAAAAACAUAGUAGAGGUCUCAUAGCUUAGUAUUCAUAGCAAAAGAGAAGAAAACUAGUAGACCAUCUAUAUGCUAUACCAUUUUAUACUAUUGGAGGAUUGAUCUGUAUAUUUCGAAGGGUCAAUUCUGGAUUUCAAAAAUUCAAGUGCAAAUGCGGGCUUUAUAAAAAAGAGAAGAAAAAUGAAAAAGAGAGUGACAUCAUGGACUCACGGGCAUUACAUCAGCAACAACAAUGGGAUAGGAAAAAACAGGAUAAUUGUAGAAUGAAAUCAGUGACGUGAAGGAAGUGAUUCUUUUAUUUAGAUUUUUGGUUCAAGUGGUUGUUUAUAUCUGCAAUUCUCCUUGGUAUUCUGUUGGGUGCAAGGAGACCGCCAAAUCAGUACUUCUUCCAAUGCCUGCUCCUUUUUGAUAUGGACUUCCUUACUGGUAGUAGGCUGAUAUCCUUCGGAACAUUAAGAUAUCCUGUUUGCUGAGAAACUUUAGCAAUCUUCAAUUCCAUGAAGCUUACAUGUUUAAGUGAGGGCAGGGGCUACUAUUUCCCACCAUGCCACAUAGUUAAUAUAUGUGGUUUCCGGGUGUUACUUGACUGCCCUUUGGACCUUUCAGCCCUAGCUGUAUUUUCUCCCCUACCAAUUGUUAUUUCUUCCCUGCUUGAUGAGAAAGCUUCUAUUCAUAGCGGCCAAAGUUCAUCAAAUUCAGAGUCUGUAAGACAGGAAGUUUCGGAGCUUCUUGAUUCCAAAAAAUUGAUUCAGGCUGAGCCUUGGUAUAAAACUGUGAAAAGUUUGCAGCUUUGGAGUAUUUAUUCCAUAGAUGUGGUACUAAUCUCAAGUCCGAUGGGUAUGCUAGGGUUACCUUUUCUUACCCGCCUCAAAGACUUCAGAGCAAAGAUAUAUGCAACGGAAGCAGCUUCCAGACUAGGAAAACUGAUGAUGGAGGACCUGAUUUCCAUGCAUAUGGAGUUGAGACAAUUCUAUGGACCUGAAGAGUCUGGUUGCCCUCAAUGGAUGACAUGGGAAAAACUUGAACUACUUCCUAGGGCACUAAAGGAUAUUGUUUUAGGCAGUGACAGGACAGAGCUCGGUGGAUGGAUGUCCAUAUACAGUGCAGCUGAUAUGAAGGGUUGCAUGGAGAAGGUUCAAUUCCUCAAGUAUGCUGAAGAAGCCUGCUAUAAUGGCUCAUUGACCAUAAAAGCACUGAGUUCUGGUUUAGAGAUAGGUGCUUGUAAUUGGAAUAUUCUAAGUCCAAAAGGAAACAUUAUUUAUCUUUCUGGCUCUGUUUUUGCAUCAGCAACUGCAACCAGUUUCGAUUACAAAGCUCUUGAAGACAGUGAUGUUCUAUUAUAUUCAGACUUCGCAGCCUGCAAUGAUGUUGAUGGUGAAAAGAACGAUUUCCCUCCUGCUACUGGCAGUUCCUAUUCAAGUAAUAUUGGUAGUUGUUGGGAAACAAUACCUGAAUCGUGGCUGGAUUCAGAUGAGUACUCUGAAGAGAUGGAAAAAGUAUCUUUUAUAUGUUCAUGUGUGUUGGACACUAUUAGUGAUGGAGGAUCAGUCCUUAUUCCCAUUGGACGGCCCGGAGUCAUGUUGCAGCUGUUGGAGAACAUAUCACUUUCACUAGAAUCUUCAAAUUUAAAGGUUCCUAUAUACUUCGUUUCUUCUGUGGCGGAAGAGUUGUUGGCAUUUUCCAAUAUCAUACCUGAAUGGCUGUCCAGUCAACUGCAAGAAAGAUUUUGUUCUGGGCAACCACUAUUCACGCAUAUUCAGCUGUCAAACGAGAAAAAACUCUUCGUAUCUCCUGCAAUACAUUCUUCGAAAUUCCUAACAAGUUGGCAGGAACCUUGCAUAGUAUUCUGUCCUCACUGGAGUUUGAGACUUGGCCCUGUUUUCCAUCUCCUUCAACGUUGGUGUGCAGAUCCUAACUCGUUGCUUAUCAUUGAGGAAAGAGCUGAUAUCAAGUUGGCUUUGUUGCCUUUUGAGCCAAUGUCAAUGAAGGUCCUUCAAUGUUCAUUCAUCUCUGGAAUAAAGCUAAAGAAAGCUAUACCUUUACUAAAGAUAUUACAACCUAAACACGUGCUGGUCCCUGAGAGUUUGAGGCCCCAUAUCAGCUGUUGGAACCCCAAAUUUUCGGUCCAAAGUUUCUCCGAGAAUGAAACUGUAGUUGUGCCCAAGUUGAAAGCAUUUGCAGAUAUGGACAUUGCCAUGGACGUGGCUUCUGAGCUGCUCAUUGAUACAAAAAUGAUAGAGGGAAAAAAUAUUGCAAGAUUAAAGGGAGAGUUGCUCAUUGAGCAGGGAAAGUAUCGGUGUGUUGUUAGAAACAAGCAAGUGCUUUCUUCCCAAGUUAGGCCAUUGCUAUUUGUGGGUAGAGUUGACUUGGACUCCCUUUUGAUGGCUUUAAAGAAGAUGGGGAUGAAAGUAGCUGCCCAGAGUAGUGGUGGAUCAGAACAUGUAUCACUUAUAUUCAUCUCGGAGCCCAGUGAAGCCUUGAUAGAGGUUACAUCAACUCAAACCACCAUAAGCGUUGGUGAUGAGACUACUGCUUCCUUGAUUUCUGAGGCUGUUCGUAGCACUUCAGUUUGUUUCUGAUAAAAGAUGGUGGCCCUUGUAUAUACCUAGAUGCCAAUGGCUCCAAAAAAGAAUCUCUUACCAAAGCUGAAAAUGUUUUCGAAAUGAAAAUCAGACAGAUUUGGGAACACAUAGUUAAAUGUCUUCCAAGGAGUUUCUUAAAUUUUUCAAGAAAUGCCAAUGGAACAGUUGAGGUUGAAGCAAUGUCACAUAAAUCAUGUCCAAGUUUGACUAAACUAAUGCCAAAAUGGUCUUAAAUGAAAAAUGACACCUCUUUCUACUGUUUUA